UUGUAUCAGAAGUGCUAGUCUCCAUGUGUAAUAUGGUUUGAUGGGCACCAGGCCCGGGAGAAUACCUUCACUCGAAACAAACAGGUGUGUUUCAUGUCCUAAAUUGUCCACUUAUUACUUACGUUUUUUGAAAUAGAAACCCCACCAUCCCACGUUGUCACAGUAUCUGCACUGCAUCGAAAACAGGCUAUCCAUGCUAGUCAUGUGCACCAAACAACACCUGGUCAACGUUACCUCGGAGCAGUAUAACUUUAGUCUGUUUUUAUAUGUAAUGAUACAUAAGAGCAUAUCCAUGCUUUUCGAGUCACACACUCCCCUUGCAUCUCCCAGUCUUCUCUACCAUGACAUCAGGUAUACCAUUGGAUGCAGGAGCUCUAAUGUCGACGGUGCUGGAAGGCAUUUUGUAUGGCUUUUCGAUACUCUUGUUCAUUGGUACCAUUUGGUCUUUGACCUACAAACGUCACAAGCAAGAUAUUAAUCUCCCAAUUCUCAUCGUGGCAGUUUUGCUGCUAAUACUGAGUACUGUUCACAUGGUUGUGAAUAUUGUUCGAGCCGAAGAUGGACUAGUGACAAAUCGCUAUGAGUACCCAAACGGACCAUCAGAAUAUUUUGCAGAUGUUUCACAGAAGACCUAUGUAAUAAAACAUUCGUUCUAUGUGCUGCAAACUCUCCUUGCUGAUGGUGUGGUGAUUUAUCGUUGCUAUGUUGUUUGGCAAUCUGUUUGGAUUGUCGUCCUACCAAUCAUUCUGUGGUGCAGUGUUGCAGCAACUGGUGUCAUUGCAGUUUACAGUGUCUCGCAAGCCAGUAGUGGUGAUGGGAUCUUCGUCGAAGCACUUGCACAAUGGGUCACAGCAUUUUUUGCCUCGACAAUUGCAACUAAUCUGCUGAGCUCAGGAUUGUUGGCAUAUCGCAUCUGGAUCAUCCAACGUGGUGUCUCGGGGAUUCACAAGACAUCGAGGAACACUGUGAUGCCGGUAGUGCGUGUGCUCGUGGAUGCCGCCAUUCUGUACUCUGCAACGCUAUUGACUGCAUUAAUACUGUUUGUCUCCGGAAACAAUGGGCAGGAUGCCGUCGUAGACAUGGCCAUGCCGAUCAUGUCGAUUGCCUUCUACAUGGUGCUUAUUCGAAUUGCACUCAACAAAAACGAGCACAGUUAUAUCUCGACUCGGACGAGUAGCAGUAUUCCUAGACGAGCGGCAACCAGCGAGGCAGAACAAGAACGCGCACAACAAUAUGCCAUGAAGCCUUUACAGGUCCAUGUAUCCACAUUCACACAUCAGGAGCGACCACCAUCAAGCAAGGAUUCUAUGAAAGGAACAGCUUCACCUUACGACGUGCAAUCGAUCGGCCUGACAACUUUAAUCAUUUAGAAAACUUGCAAGAAUAUGAUGCCUGAUCCGUUCAACUACGACACACAUAAAACACUCACGCAGACGGUGAACACACACGGUCGCAUACCUUUGCAGAGACAUACCAAGAGGCUUUUCGUACUGGUGAAACCUCCCGUUUUUGGCAACACUUGAGCAGUGACGAGGCUGAUAGCGAGCUCAAAUCACCCUCUCUUUCUUUCUCGGACAUGGAUUUAUGAUAACGGGUUAUAUAUUGUACAAUCCCCGUACGUAUUAUACAU